AUGUCGGACCCACUGACCACGCUUCUGCAGGAGGAAGACAGGAAUGCACACGAGGCAGACUCGGCGGCGGCGGAGGCGAUGUAUGAUGAGCUGUUCGAGACGAUGAGAGCUGAUGGGCAACUGGCUUCUGUCGAGCCGGAGCCUUCGCACGACGUUAAUACCUCCCCCGGCCCAUCCGGCCACAUCUCCGCCAGCCUCAACUCCUUCGAGCCCUCCCACCCCAGUCCCGAGACCGCCAACCCUCCAUCCCCAUUCCGGCCGGCUUGGCGGGACGACCGGGGCGAGAUGGGCGGGAAGCGCAAGAAGCCUCUGCAUGAGCGCGCAGGGUGGAAGGACAUGGAUGAGAGGGGCCAGAUGCCUAAGCGUCCCAGAGUGAUACGAGGGCCUAAGAAGGGCGCGAAUGCCAACCCCAGCGCGGAGUUCCAGGCUGAGGAGGGAAGGGAGGGGGACGUGGGGCAAGGCGAGAGUAGCCAGCAGGCUCACGAGCUGGCAGAUGGCCAAGGUGCGAGGGCGAGUACGCUCGAUAGGGAUAUGGCGCAGGCGGGCAGGGAGAUGGGGCUGGAGCAGACUGUACUGGCGGAUGUGUUGAGGCAAGCGGAGGACCAGACGGCGGCUGUGGUGGCGGGCGCCGAGGAGGCUCAGCCGGGUGGUGGACCGGCCGAUGAGAAGGGGCUCAAGACGAGCAAUGAAUCCAGAGCUGAGCAAAAUCGUCGCGCGCAGCAAGUGUACCGCCGACGUCGAGAAGAAAAGAUCAAGGACCUCGAGGCGCAGGCUGCGGCCCUGGAACCGACCCGUCAGGCCUUGCGUGAGAGUUAUGAGCGGAUGAAGUCUUUGGCUAUGGAAUAUGAAGCGGCCAAGAUCCAACUUUCUGCUCUGCAAAACACCCUCCUCAGCCUGAAUAAGCAAGGCAUCGCGAUCCUCACGACGCAGUUCAACUUCCCGAUGGACCCUGAUAAUCUCAAGGAGGCGGAGACGAUGCGUCCGGGACCGAUCGCGGAGAAGGAUGUGGAGAGGGCUUUUGAGCAGCUCGAGAGGCAGAGCAGGGAGCUGGCGGAGUCGAGGCGAAGCGAGUAG